CAAGGCAACCAUGACGUUGGGUUUGGAUUGAAACUACAGGACAUCAAGGCACUUCCCACGACGGGAGGUGCCUUACACAAGGAGAGGAGGAGCUCUAUAAGGGGUCAAAAGAAACCAAUAAUCAUGAAAAACGCAAAAACAUUGACUUUUCAGAAGUAAAGGAGAAGCUUAGCAGACGAGACAAAUAGAAAAGGGAGGAGCGUGUGAAUGGAAAAGACAUGAGUACAGAAGGAAAUCAGAGUAUGAGUGGAGAAGGAGUGGAGGACACAAAACCUGGCCAGUCUGGGUGGAAGCAAUUCCAGUGCCCCAUAGCUGAUCCACGCUUUCCUAGGGAAGAUAUAAAGCAGAUAUGGAAGGAGUGUCAGUACGAGAGCUUCUGGUAUCGAGCUCUUCCACUGUCUGCCAGCAGCAUGGCUGUGACUGGUGGCCUCAUAUAUAGCGGUGUCUGGAAAAAAUCCAAGCGAUUUGGGUAUUUUCCUAAACUCCUUUUGGCUGGUAUUGUGGGGUAUGCUGUAGGCAAAGCUUCCUAUGUUGGGACCUGCAGAGAAAAGUUUAACAAUAAACUGGGACCAGAUUUCGCCAGAGGAUUUGGUCCGACUCCUCCUGGAUUUGGACCUAGUGGCUGUAAACCUGGACAUAGACACUGCAUCCAUGUGUGUGAGAAAUGCAAACAAGAAGAAGCACAAGCCGCAGCAACAGCGCCUGAUGCACCCACUCAGAGCUGAGGGUCUCUGAGAUCCACAGGACAUCACUCGUUACCUCGUCAUGUUUUUUCAAUAAAAUAAAUCACUAAAAAA